AUGGGACCGCCGCCGUUGCCGUGGUCGAGUCCGGGGAAGGUCGAGAGGACUGUUGUCGAGGUCAAGGAGCUUAACAUCGCUGCGGUGGACGCAGAAAUGCGUAACCUCCAAACCGGGAGAAAACACUUGGCCGACGCAGCCGAACGGGAGAAAGAACGUCUCGUCGAGGAGUUGUGGGAGCGGAGUACGCGUGGCAGGGAACUAACGGAACGUGAGCUGAGGGAUGCGGAUUUGACGUUGUAUGAGGUUGGGGAGAUUAGGGAUUACAACCCUGUUUGGUUCACGGGCGUUCCGGGGACGAAGAAGAGGCAGGGUGAUAUUGCGAGGGGAGAGGCAGGUGCUGGGUAUGACGACGAGCGAGGUGACUAUUUACCCGUCAUGGGAGAUCAUCUCGCAUACCGCUACCAAUGCGUCGACAUGCUCGGUAAAGGCUCAUUCGGCUCCGUCAUCCGAUGUCUUGACUGGAAAUCUGGACAAUGGGUCGCCAUCAAAAUCAUCCGAAACAAGAAGCGGUUCCACGCACAAGCCGUCAUCGAAGUCGAUAUCCUGCGCCGACUGACGGAUUGGGAUCCGGACGAUGUGGCGAGAGUCGUUAGGGUCGAGGAUGACUUUUAUUUUAGGGGGCAUUUGUGUAUCGUGACUGGGUUGUUGGGGAUGAAUUUGUAUGAGUUUGUGAAGGGGAAUGGGUUUAUUGGGUGUUCGUUGGAGAUGAUCAGGAGGUUUACGAUCCAGUUGUUGGAAAGCUUGGUCCUGUUGUACAAGCACAAGGUCAUUCAUUGUGAUUUGAAGCCGGAGAAUGUGUUGCUGUCGCAUUCCCUCAGCAGUGAGAUCCGCACCAUUGACUUUGGAAGUUCGUGUUUCGAAAAUGAGAAAGUCUACACUUACAUCCAAUCCCGCUUUUACCGCUCGCCCGAGGUCAUUCUUGGCAUGAACUACGGUAUGCCGAUUGACAUGUGGAGUUUGGGAUGUAUUCUGGCGGAACUGUAUACGGGCUUUCCGAUCUUUCCUGGUGAGGAUGAGAAAGAGCAGUUGGCGUGCAUUAUGGAGAUUUUUGGUCCGCCGGAGAGGCAUUUGAUUGAAAAGUCGGAUCGGAGACGGAUCUUCUUCGAGAGCAACCUGAAGCCGAAGCUUCACAAGAGCUCCAAGGGAAAGAUUCGACGCCCAUCGACGAAGUCAUUGGCACAAGCGCUCAAGUUCACGGCUGCGGAUGAUUCCUUCCUGGACUUCAUCACAAAGUGUCUGAAGUGGUCACCGGACGCACGUAUGACGCCCAUGGAAGCCUUGCAACACGACUUCGUCACAGGCGUCGUCCGCUCCAAGUCGCCAACUAAAGCUCGCGCCCGUGUGACGUCUACGAUUGUUGCAUCACCCCUCGCACCUUCCGGCCGUCCCUUACCCGACUUACCCAAAUGGAAUGCGCCAUCGAAGAUAUCGCCAAGUACGUUUGGCAGUGGUCAGAGCAGUACGACGAGUGUGAGCACGAGCAUUGGGACACCGGUGAGGAGUAGUCCGGCUAAAGGCAAUACGAUUGGUGGAAGCCAGGGGUACUCGCUUCGAAGCAGGAUCGCUGCGACGACACAGAGUGGAAGUGGCAUGGCAUCCGCAGCGGCGAGGACCGUUACUGUUGGAAUCGAUACGACGCCGGUAAGUUUGUGUUUCCAGUUUUGUCACGGAGCUUAA